AUGUCGUUUCGCAAAAGGAAUAUCGGUCUGUCUACGGGUGCGGAUCGCGCAUCUGUUCCUCACCCUGCACAGCCGCAAUCUCCUGCACUCGCGCCAGAAUCGACGCCCGGAAUUCGCCCAUCCCCCGAUGAUGGACGCCCAACUACGUCGACCGGCACGCCGUCGCUCGACAAUCUUCUCGCGGGACAUGGAGGACUUCCCAUCGGGAAAAUGCUGUUGAUCGAGGAGAAUGGUACGACGGAUUUUGCCGGCGCAUUGCUACGCUAUUAUGCCGCAGAAGGCGUGGUACAGGAUCAGAAGAUUCACGUCAUCGGCAUGCCUGAGCAAUGGGGUCGCAGCCUGCCAGGAUUAAUAGGUCCCGCCGAUGCUACGGACGACAAAGCCGACAAGCGGAAAGGGGAGCGCAUGAAGAUCGCUUGGCGAUAUGAGCGUCUCGGCGAGUUUGGCGCUGGGGUCGCAGGAUCCAGAGAUACAGUGCCCGCUGCAAACACAGGAGACCAAAGCACGAGUGCGGGGGACGGAGGUCAAGCGAAACAGCCCUCAUUUUGCCAUGCGUUUGACCUCACCAAGCGUCUCACCCAUCCGUCCAUAACAAACAUCACCUACAUCCCUCUCACGCCCUCGAACGAGCCCUUACUCGUCUCCAUCCACAAGCGCCUCCAGAAUGCUAUCGCGCAGAGCCCCGCCAACACCGUCCACCGUAUCGUGAUACCAUCACUUCUCAAUCCCACAUUAUACCCACCGGAGGUGGUCCAACCAGAGAACCUCCUCCCAUUCCUCCAUUCCCUCAAGGCUCUUCUCAGCACGACCGGCGCACGCAUUACCGCCAUGAUCACAAUACCGCUCUCGCUAUUCCCCCGCACGUCGGGGCUGGUCCGGUGGAUGGAGCUUCUCAGCGACGGCGUGAUCGAAUUGUGUCCCUUUCCGCAUUCCGCCGACGCGCUCGCAACAUCCGGCGCCGCAACGGCCCAUGAGGAGCCCCCACAAGGCAUGCUAAAGACACACCGACUGCCCGUCUUGCACGAGCGGGGCGGCGGCAGCGACCAAAAUGUCGGCCAAGACUGGGCGUUCACGCUGAGUCGACGGAAAUUCGAAAUCAAACCGUUCAGUCUGCCGCCGGCGGAAGGUGACAAGGAGGCGCAGGACGGCGGGCAGUCGGGCGGAAUGCCGAAAAAGGCCGAUCUUGAGUUCUAA